CACACAGCUAAUCUGCACAUUAGAGAGGGAACUCGUACACACAGGAAGUCUGAGCGCAUGGAGAGAGAGAGUAAAAAACAAAAAAAAGAAAUGACAACGCCUGCUACCGCUCACAGCAGAGUACAUGUAUGAUCCGCUCAUGAACAGAUGCAGCUAAGAAGCUCUCUCUAACCCUAACUCUGGGUGGAUUGUUUCUGAGUGAAUGUCGUCUAUUGGUGAACUGACAGGCAGAAUGUCACGGCGGGACCAGAGGUUUCGGAGAGGAAUGAAAGGACGGUGUUGUGAAUGUGGCUGUAUCCUGUCUCACUGGUACUAUGAAAGAGAGGGACAGCUCUUCUGUAAGAAGCACUACUGGGCCCGUUAUGGAGAGCACUGCCACGGCUGCAAGGACACCAUCUCAACAGGACUCAUUAUGGUUGCUGGAGAGCAGAAGUACCACCCUGAAUGCUUCACUUGUAUGAGCUGCGAUAUGUUCAUUGGAGAUGGAGACACUUACACGCUUGUCGAACACACCAAACUCUACUGUGGUCACUGUUUCCGUCAGGGUGCGGUAUCAGCUGCAAGGUCAGCUUCUCCUCUUACCAAGAGUCCCCACAUGGUGGCGCUGGUGUCCUUCCCUCCUCAUGCAGGCGGCCAACGAGGCCUGACUGUGGCCACCGACCUCAAUCAAGACAAAAGUCCUCUUGUCACUGUGACAGAGUUAGAUUCAGCUGUCCUCAGUCCAGAUCUGCUGUCCUCUGUCCACACUGGUGAUCAAGUCCUGGAGGUCAACGGCAUUCCUGUAAGGAACAUUUCCCCAGAUGAGAUACACCGUGUGAUCCAGGACACAAACAGACCACUGCAGCUGACCAUUGAGCACAACCCACAGUCUCCUGCUGACCUCCUUCACUCAAACGAUCCCCAGGACAACAUCAGCUGUCCUGAACCCUGUGUCCGCAGCAAACUUUCUUCAACCCGCAAACUCCCGAGUCUGGAGGAAGAGCCAAGUCCAGGGGAGGAGACAGAUGAACAAAUUAGGAUGAGCCUCUCACCGCCUCAGCACCAGGGAACCAUGGGAUUGCGAUCCAGACACAUCCUGCGCAGCUGUAGUAUAGAUAAGUGCCCUUUGUCCCCUGGAGCACUGUCGCUUUUAACUCAAAGGAGGGACAUGGUUCGCUCAGAGUCUCUUCGCGUGGACCCCGGAGAGCGGACCCACCGCAUCUUCAGACCUUCAGACCUCAUCCAUGGAGAAGUGCUUGGCAAGGGCUGCUUUGGACAGGCUGUCAAGGUAACACAUCAGGAGACAGGAGAGGUGAUGGUGAUGAAAGAGUUGAUCAGUUUUGACGAAGAGACACAGAAGACUUUCUUAAAGGAGGUGAAGGUGAUGCGCUGUCUGGACCAUCCCAAUGUCCUGAAGUUCAUUGGACUAUUUUAUAAGGACAAACGAAUAAACUUCGUCUCUGAAUACAUCCAGGGAGGAACUCUCCGGGAGACCAUCACGAAAAUGGACAAGGACUUUCCUUGGAAUAUAAGAGUGGGCUAUGCCAAAGACAUUGCAGCUGGAAUGGCCUAUCUACACUCCAUGAAUGUUAUCCACCGAGAUCUAAACUCACACAACUGCCUGGUCAGAGAGAACCAGUCUGUGGUGGUGGCAGACUUUGGACUAGCCAGGCUGGUGAUGGAGGAGAGGAAUCAGAGCAGAACGUUGUCUAUGGAGCGGCCUGCAAAGGGGACACUGUCAGAGCUCCGCAGGCCUGACCGGAGGAAACGGUAUACUGUUGUAGGAAACCCCUACUGGAUGGCCCCUGAGAUGAUCCAUGGAAAAACCUAUGAUGAGCGGGUGGACAUUUUUUCCUUUGGUAUCAUGAUAUGUGAGAUAAUAGGCAGAGUGAGUGCUGACCCUGACUACCUUCCCCGGACAAAUGACUUUGGGCUAAACGUACCUGGUUUCCUGCAGCAGUACCACCCUCCACAGUGCCCCUUAGCCUUCCUGCCACUGGCCGUCCUCUGCUGUGACAUGGACGCUGAUAAACGACCUUCUUUUUCAAAGCUGGAGGAGUGGCUGGAGAAUCUGCUGAUGCACCUGGACAUCGGUCUGCCUUUGCUCUCUGAGUUAGAGCAGCUCCGUAAAGCCUUCUGGCAAAACCGUAACCACCAAAACCACUCCCACAACCAGGACAACACCCUUAAUUCUCAAGAACAAACCCACUGCUCACAGCCACAAAGACAGAGCCCUGACUCUAAGCGACGUUCAGACAAUGCAAAUAACUACUCAGAGCCCAAUCACCUCACUCAAAGCCAAGACCAAAACAGCACACCUCACAGCCAUUUGGGUGGACAGCAGCACACACAUGACAAUCAUGACGUGAGGACCGAGCACAACCACUCCCGUUUGAGCAGAGAAUGUAUGAACCACUCACAAGACAAGAGCCAGUGUUGCAGGUCUAUGAGCACAGACUCAGAACAUAACGGGUCUGAAACCUUUGAACACAACAACCACUCAGGACAUCCAAAGGCCCAGCACCAGCCCUCACAACCACUGGAGGUCAAUAGUUCACUCCAAGAUCAGUCUAACGGGCACAGGAGGACAUGCAGAGUACUGUGGGAGAGAUCUACAGAGGACAGCUCUUUUCUCUGAUUGUUUAAUUUGAUGGCCAAGAAAGGAUGCAUCGACAGAUCCCGCCGUUAAGAGUUAAAACACCAUACGAACAUGCUGGUGCCUUCUCAAACAACUGGAAGAGACCUGAAAGAACCAUAAAGCUAUAUGCGGAGGACUAAUGCAUGCAAAACCUGCAGAGACAUUAAACCAAUGAACACUGAGUAGCUGCCUAACACAUUACAUUUGCCUCAUAUUGUUCUGUGAAUCAGUAUUUAUGUAGUUUCAACUAGAGCUUGGCCAAUACUGGAUUUAGUUAAUACCCAUGUGAAAUAUAGGCUGGUAUUUAUUUGUUUAGUACAUAACAGAAGCAUAUUUUUUGACAGGGAUUACUUAAUUCCCAAAAAUCUGUCAGUGCUCUCAGAUGGACAGUCUACAACACUGUUUAUGAAUGACCUCAAACAUAUUUUUUGCAUCUCUAUAUUAUAAUUUCACUUUAUUUAUUGGCCAACAAGCAUAAUGAUAUUGGUAUAUCUGUGAUGGGCUAAAACUGGCCAAUUUGUCGGAAGGGCUCUAGAUUCAACUUUUCCCAGAAGCUGUGAAACACAUGGCACUUUACACUUUAAGCUACAUUGCAUGGGUCUUAUUUAUCAGAAUGCCUCACGUAUUUCUGUUAAAAAUGGUCGGACCACAUCCAACACACUCAGCUGUGAACAUAUAACGACUUUCCUGGACAACUGUAGUUGUUCUUAAUAAAGAAAAUAAUAAAAUCAUAUGACUAAAUUUUGAUCACUAUUUAACAUACAUUACAAAAUGCAGUCCGUGCAUUUAACAUGGAAGACGGCAAAAGUGACCACACAUUUUUGGCGUGUCCAUGUUUCACACAGAGUAUACAUCAUUAACAAUAACAAUGGAGAUUAAUUAACUAUGAAUACCAAUUAUAGUACUUAACAGAAAAUCUGUAUAUGAACUAAAACAGUUAAGUCCUGUAGGCUUGAUAUAUAGCUAUAAAAAAUGGCAAGCUAAUUAAGUUAAAAUACAUAAUUAAGUAUUUACACACUGGCUGCCCGGUUAAGUCAGAAGGUAGAGCACGACACUCAGUCUCUCGGGGUCUUGGGUUUGAGCCCCAUUCCGGGCGACACCGCCUGCCCUGGGCCCACCACCCGUGGGAGGACGUCGGUGCAUUGCGGACUGAGUGGCAGCCACCCCCGCGAACUGGGCCUGGACUCAGAUAAACGGGAGAUGAUGACAUGACAUUUACACACUGGAAAAGAUGAUUAAGGUUAAACAGUGGAUAAAGUCAAUAGAUGUUUUAAUCAUUUCAAACUAACUGUAUCCAUUCGGUUCAGUUGUGAUCUGAAAAUCUAGAAAACACCUCAGUGAAGAUGAAAGUAAACAGGAUGCGCCUGAUCGCAGUUUGCAGUACCACUGCGAAAGGUCUGCCUACUUCUUUAAGUUUCCACUUUUGAUUUUUUUAAAAUAAAUUUACAAAUUGUCUAAAAACAUG